AUCGUCCCGACCGUCAGUCGCGCGCCGAACGUCGAACCGAAUGCAUGUGGUGUUCCUCAUUUUUUGUCCGUUGCCUUUUCGGUUACUUUACUAAACAUCGUCGCAAUUUGCUCGUCAUGUGUUCACGAAUCAUCAGUGAGAAAAAGCCAAUGAAAAAGUGACGCUCGACUUUAUUGACCGGUUUCAUAGUGUAUAGUCUCAUUUAUGUCAUAGUUUGACAUUUAUUGUCGGAUACAUUCUCCGCUGCUAACUCGCCUCAAUUCGAUCGUCGUCGAUGAUCGUGUGCAACGAAAAGAAAGACGUUCUUCCACCGGUCGAAUCUACUUUGUUUUCACGCACAGUUGACAGCAUGCGUUUGAGUGAUGGUGGAUAGCAUUUCUCCGACAAACAUGUGUCAGUGAAACGACGUUUGCUCGUGAGACCACGUGAUCAGUGUUGGAAGGUUAUGUGAACAGCGUCUUUACAGAAAUCGCGACACUCUGAUCUAUCGGACAUCGAUACUCACGUUACGUGUUAAUCGACGUAUGACAUCGACAUCUCGAAUUAGUGAGCAAUCGCUAUUAUAAGUAACGGUUAAUUCGUUCUUGCGUUUUAUUGAAAUUAUAUUAACGAACUGAAUGAGAUUACAUUAGUUUGUGAUGCGGUAUAUGUGUUGAAAAUUUCACCAAUUUUAUGCUUAAUAUGCAUGACACGGUGAAACGGACCGGCUCGAUACUCAAGGUCGUCGAUUUGAAUUCGACGAAUUUGCGAUCAUUCUUCGACGCGUGAUUUUCUUCUGUUUACGCGCUACGUUUAUACUUUCGUUCUUUUGAAAGUGUCCAACUUGACUUAGUUCUCGCUCGUCAGUGAGAAAGCACUUGUGAUGUGCUGGUGUUUGUGUCACGUCGACUGAGAGCUUACACGGUGUGCGCCGAAUGUCAAGACGAUAAUUGGUGCUGUCUUGAGGUCGAGUGACUCGUGUCAUCAUGCUGACGAUUGUUUUGCUGCUCCUUUUGGGUCAACCGGUUAUAUCGACGGACUACUUGGUGUGCGUUGUUCUGUGAAUGGACCUCGGUUCAAUCUUGCGACUCAGAAGGGUGCUGCAGAAUUCCGGAGAAAGAGAAGAGGGACGACGCGACGAUUUGACGGGUGAAGAAAAGUAAAAAAGAAGAAAAGAAAACGAAUGGAGAAAAUAUUAACCCGGCCAAGACGAAAGUCAGUGUCUUCUUGGCUGAUUUGACAUUUCCGUGUGCGCGCGCGCGUGUGUGCCUGCAAGGUCCGUGUUUUCAUCGCUUCAAAACGGAAGCUCGGAGGAAGAGAAAUGGGAAUAUUGGGAAAAUUGCUUUCGUCAGUGUCCCUGGUGUCCAUCUGGUGUCUGCUGAUCGUCGAACCAGGCAAGGUUCAGAGGGAACAGGAUCAUCUGGCCUUGUUAUUAGGCACCCUGAAAACCUAUCAGCGCGCAGCUUGUGACGAGGAGUCGAUGACACUGAAGUGUCCACUAGGUACCACCAUCUCUGUCGUUCUAGCUCAAUAUGGUAGAGCAGGGGCAAAUGGAACCGAUAGGUGUAGUUCCUCUGAUUCAUCCAUGUACAUUGGGGACAGACAAACGAAUCAGACUUGUAUCUGGCCGCAAUCGCUACAGUACUCACUGUUGCAGACGGUUGUGGAUGUUUGUCACAAGAAGAGGCAGUGUAAGUUCAACACCAGUCCGAAAACCUUUCAGGGUGAUCCGUGUCCUGGAUUGCCCAAAUACAUCGAAGUUGCUUACCAAUGCCGUCCUUACGAGUUCAGAAGUAAAGUUGCCUGCGAGAAUGACGUCAUCAAUCUUGUCUGCCACCCUGGACAAAGAGUUGCCAUUUUCAGCGCAUCGUUCGGCAGAACGGAGUACGAAUCCCUUCAGUGUCCUCAGCCCCACGAUGUGAAAGAAGAAACUUGUAUGGCAUCGUAUGCGACGGAAACCGUGAUGAAUUUGUGCCAUGGGAAACGUCGCUGCUCGGUGGUGGCAAACAGUUCGACGUUCGGUGAGCCUUGCAGUCCGGAAAGCAGAACGUAUUUGAAAGUUGUCUACACGUGUGUACCACGAGCUGUGUUGAAAGAACAAUACCAAGGCGACGUGGAAAUGGACGAGGUGGAUUUGAUGCAUCAAUUUGAGGAGGGAUUCGACAGGGCGGACUUCAGGGCUGAGUUCAGUCCUAGUCCGAACCUCGAAGGGCCACAAUCUCAGCCGAGGGACAACGUCUCCCGGAAUUUCCCUACGGUCAGCUCAUCCCCGCCGCGAGCUAGAACUAACAACGACGUGGACACACGAACGAACAAGUUUAAAUCGGUCGGUAUAGGAGCGAAAGACUCGCCCCUAACACCUACGGUUAUGCAAGGGAUGAUUAUGUUCGACAACAAUGUGGCUGAUGUUACUACUAGCAGUACGAUGUCACCGAUUAAUUGCACCACGGUAGUCUACGCCUUUCCGGAAGAGGAUCGUGUCGUUGUCGGAUAUAUCAAUGAAUGGAUCAAUGCCUAUUCGUUUAUAUCGAAAAAUCAAGAAAAGUUCUACCUGUACAUCAUAGUGUCAGUCACAGCCGGUAUUUUAAUAUUCCUGGGCUUGGUAAUUGGACGACUUCUUGUCAGUCGUCACCGUGCGAAGAGAGAUGCGAAAUUCCAUGCAAAUAAUGAAGCGCUCCCAAAUGGAUUCACCGAUGACAUUUCGGAGAUCGAUGCGGAUAUUGAUCUUACCACGCCGGUGCCAGUCCCAAUGCAAGACACAAGGAUUCCAGAGACUCAGCUAGCCGAGAGGCUCCACGGCGAUCGUUACUACGCGGAAACCAGGAUACCAAUGUCGCCCACCACGAUGCAUCCAGCGCCAGGACACUACCCUGGCAACACAGGCGUCAGAGUAGAUCUAGGUAACCAUAUGGUGGGCACAGAUAGCCUCCAUACGAUUCUACGUCCAGAAAAUCCACGGAGCAUGAGCACGAAAAGCUAUUACUACGGCUGACAGGAGGAAGGGGGUGUCCCGCGCGAGGGACGGCCCCCGUCCUUGAGCCCGGUACCAGAAGUGAGCACGCGGAAGUACUGCUUUUAAUCGAGAGACCGAUUUUCUAUGGAACAGCGAACGAAGCCGCUGUAAAAAGCAGGCGUUCCAUACUAACGAACGCUAACUCGUCGUCGAUUGGAAUCGUUGUUUCUUCGAGCGAAAAUCAAGGAGGCCUUCGUCUUGGUACCGGAAACGAGCACGUGGUGGUGACUCUCUUUUCGUAUAUAUCAUCAUUUCUUUCUUCUCCAAUAUAGAACCUUCAAAAGAAACCGGGAAAUUUGAUGAAAAAUUCGAUUUCCACGAGAGAAAAAUCAGAAGAGAAUAGAAUCGUACCACAGUUUCCUUGAAGAUUAUUUCAAUUGGUGUUUUCAAGGAAUAUUCGUGGUUUAUACGUUUUUAAUACCGGAAUUGACGGUAUUUGAUCCAUGUAGAUCAACCUCAUGAAACAGAUGGAAAUUUAGUUGGAUGCUGAGCGUUGGAAGUGAACAAACUUAUUAUCUUUCGCCGUGGAAUCGUUCUACGCGUGCCGCUGCUCGACACCGAAAGGGAACGAGAGUUCGGCCAACGAGGUGGGAACUUUAACGAGAGCGUUGUAAAUACGACGUCGGUGUAUUGAGAGUUUCACCUAUUUCUAUGAAAAUUCUAAUGAGAAGCUCUGUUAGAAAUAAAAAUUCAUUUGAGUGAAGAUUCCUUCAGACACCGAUCGAGGACAAGGAUAUUAAAAAAAGAAAACCCUUAUUGUUUGUUGAAGAUGAUGUUAUUGAAAAUAGUACUGUUUUUAUAAGAAACUGCGAUUAUAAAAGGCUGGAUUAUCGAUUAGGAGGUAUAAAUAAAUACGUUGAAUGUAAAUGACGGAAAUAGAACGUUUUUACACCGGUAGCAUCCGUUUUUGCGAUCGAUACUGGAAGUAAACAUCUGCAAUGUCGUCGUAUAAGAUGAUUAUGAUUGUAAGUAGAUUUUGAUAUCUGAAUUGGGUAAAAAGAAUUGUGAGAAGUGGGGGAAAAGGAAGAAAGUAACAAUCGAUACUGGAAAAAGAUUUAUUCUGGUCUAUAGCUUAGAACUCAACCCAGACAGCACAGAGACGCUUUAUGGAUGUUUUAAAGAAAUCUAAUGUCAUUUUCAAAUAUCUCAAAGAUAUUUUUCAUCGCCUUAAAGAAGAGAUUAUCAUCUUACAUCAAACUUUUCAAGAUACUGACAUAUUUACUUAUUUUAUCUUAGUGAGAAGAAUAAUUAUAUUAAUAAUACUUAUAUUACAAUAAUAGCUAUUUGUAAGACAUCUUUAGUUUUCUACAUGAGAAAGCUCGAUAAUGAAAGACAAAAUAAAUUUAUAUAAAUUGCAAUUAUAAUUUAACGGGACAAGGAAUUUUUUAUCAUUUCUUCUAUUUUUAAAGUCAAUAAUUAGAAUUCUAUAUCAUACAAAUUUUCUACGUGAAUUAUUCUCAUUAGUAGAUCAAGAUUGAAAUAUUUUAAUAAGAAUUUCAUGAAAAUGAAAAAGGAGUAUCACUGCCUAUUGAACAGUAAUAACAAUAACAAUAAAUCUGCAAAAAAGGCGGAUCAAUAUCCUAUGUGUACGUACAAUAAUUUGUCAUUCAAGAAUCAAGUUUUUCUAACGAAAAUCACGCACACACUUCUUUAAAAGAAAAAACAAUACAUAUCUGCGCCAUCUGUGUACAGCAAUAAACAAUCGCAACUUUUUCCAUUCGAAAAAUCAUUUCUCCUUGUCGAAAGAUCGAGAAGACUGUCUGAAAAAAAAUAUAUCACUGCCUAGUCGAUGAGAAAAUGAAAUACGGGUCCUUUCUUGUUAACCAGAUUUUCUUAGAUUUUUCUCAAACCGAACUAUGCUACCGACGUUGUCACACUUAAAGAUAAUUCAUGUGAUAGGAACAAAUGUUGAUAGCGUAGCGGUCUUGAUAAUAAUUUUUCUAGUAUGAACUUGUAGCAUAUUUCUCUUGUUAGAAAGAAAGAAUAAAAGAAUAGAAAAUUAUGUGUAGCUCAAAAUAUAAAUUUAUAUGUUAGUAUUUUCUUACGAAUUCGUCUAUAAAUUUUAUGAAUAAUUAGAAGUUGCUUCAGAGCUAACAUGAACUUUACAAAUAUAGCUUAUGAAUUUUUACUAUGAACACAUUAUUAUGUUUUAGCAGAUUAUAUUUAGAAAUAACUUCAAAGUUAUAAUUCUUUCCAAACAUUAAUGAAAAUGUUAUAAUUAAAUAUUUGAGCGACGCAUAACAUCAUCAUCAUCUACAAUGAAGACAUUUACAUUAUUAGUCGGUAGUAUUGUUUAGAUUUCUUUCGAUUAAAGCUCAGUGCACCGGAACGAACAGUCAGUAAUCAGAGGAUCAAUAUUACAAUCGAUGGACGAACGAACACAACACGAUCGAACGACACGAAUCGACGAUCGAUCGAUCUUCCUAGAAUAACAUCAAUCUCUAAUUAGCAUCGUAAGAAAAAUAAAAAAUGAACCAAAAAAGUAAAUGAAAAAAGGGAAGGCAAAGAAAACAAGAACCAUGUGGAUCGAACGCUUAAUUUCUAUCUAAAUUGAUUGAAAUCGGGAUUCACUAUGAUCGAUGGUUAACCGCGUAUUUCUAAGAAAACAGGAAAUCGAUCGAUCUCAAUGAAAUUACAGCGGUUUUGUAUCUCGAAUACACGCAAAAAAAAAAAAAAGAAAAAGAAAGAAAAAACAAAACGCACCGCGAAACGACUUUUAUAGAGAAACGAUCUGUAUGUAUAUCACGCUGUAAAUAGAAACAAUGUAACUUACGGUAAUUGUUAAGAAAUUCAAGCAAAGAGAGAGGGAAAGAAGGAAUGUGUGUUGUAUGUAAGAGAAUAUUGUACCUAGAUCGAAAGUGUAAUGUAAUCGGAGGUUUCGUAGUCAACAACUUACUCUCUGUGCCAUUGUAUCGAUUUUAUGAGGGAACGAAAGCUUUUAGUUGUUUUUUUUAAUUAAUCGAUAAUAGGUCCUUUAACUGGAAUUUUGUAUAGUUAGAAGGAAUUAAUUUUAUUAAGUGAGGAUUCACAGUGCCAUUCGUUCUCGCAUAUGAUAUUAGGUUCUUUUUAUUUAGAUGUAAACCGACGUUUAUUUUAAGAUGAUAGUAUAAGUAAUAAGUAUUCAUUUGUACAUUAAUUCUUACGCUGUAUGUUUGCACACUCAUCGGGGCGCUAUCGCAAAUAACGAGGAUACAGUAUAUUUAAUAUUUAAGAAUUAUAAGGUUAACAUUCUAGUAAUUGAAUAGCUCAUUGAAGUUGCGUAACAAGAAUAGCAUGAGAAACAGAAAUUUCUUAUAUACUUGUAUACUUGUAUAUUUAUAUUUUUGUAUACUUGUAUUUAAGAAGAAAAAUGUAGAUUAUAUAAAAUCACAUUUUACUCCGAAAAAAGUGAUUUUAGGUUCUCACAUUGGUUUCUUUAUUUCUUACAUUCAUGUUAGGUUUUUAACGUCUUAAAAUUAUAUAUAAACUUUUAUGCUUUAGUAUUCUGUAUAGUUGCAUACAUUUUGAAAUAUUUUUUCCGAUUAAAAUUCAUAUUAAAUUUCGUUAACUUUCUUUUAUUCAACCAAAACAUUCGUAUUAAAGGUACAAGAGAUGAAAAUGAAGCAUGAUACUCAUUGACAAUAACGGAAUUAAAAUAAACACAUUUUGAUCUGAGAGUUCAAUACGCCAAUUUCAAUUCAAGCUUUAUUUCUAUCGUCGAAACAUAUUUUGAAAAAGAUGAUUCUCUCACGCGACUAAGCGGCCGACUAUAACAAUGUACCCCAUAACAAUAAUGGAACAGUUCACACAACUUUUCGUCCCACAAACGAUUAUACAACUAGUUGAAUCCAACAAUAGACCAUGCAAUAAAGAAUAAUCAAAUAUCUGCACCAAGCAAUUAAUUCUACAAAAUGGCUUACUUUUGCUGGUUAUAAACUACCAUAACAUACAAAAAAAUGGAAGCUUAGAAAAUAAUUAUUUAUUAAAUACAUGGUAUAAUAAGAAAGAAAUAUAGACUCUAUGAAACAAUGAUCAAAUUUCUGUCAUUUUUAUUCUUAACUGUUAAAAUCCAAGAUCGUUUGAGUUAUUUUGAAAUGUGAUACUUUUGAAAAGCAUGUGUGUUAAGUGCCUACACGAUAUCAAUGAGCUAGUCAAUUAUUAAUUCGAAAGGCGUGCGAAUAAAUCCGCGUUGUUUCCUUGAUUAGAUCGCGCGGUGGAGAUAUAAUCCGCCAUGGCCGUGUUUUUAAUUGAUCUGGCUUAAUUAAGCCACUCGUGCGGGAUUGUGGCGAGUCGCACUGGUUUCCAGGAAAAUUCCAAUUGUCGGAAGAACACUGGUUCUCCACCCUUUUAUUCUCACUUCUCAAAUAUUUCGCGUUUCUACACGUUCUUUCUUCCAUCGCUCGAUCCUCCCAUAUUUUUCAACUUGACACGAUUUUUCACUUUCUUAAAAAUAUGUAUUCUAUUCUGAUUCAUCGUCAUGAAAGUUCAUUAAGUCGAUUAGACACUGGUACAGAUGGAUUAACAAACAUUUUAUUACGUAUUUAAUUAAUAUCUAUGUUUCUUUUUUAAUCAAAUUUUGAUUAAUUUAGAAAAUUGUAUUAAUGUAAUAGAAGUUUGUGUAUAUUGUUUUAUGAAUUUGGUUCAGAUUGGAGAAACGUUUGAGAACCUCUUUUGUCAGGAUCUCUUAAAAUUUCAUAUAUUAGCAAGAUUCUUCUCCAGAGAAAACUGUGUCUUUUAAUAUUAUAUUCUGUGGAGGAGAUACGAUUUUACAUAGUCAAAUUUAAAGUGUACUAUUAUUCCAUGUUUUAUUAUUUCACUGGAUAUUGGAUUUAAAAUAUUUAUUUGUAAAUCAAAUGAUUUUCUUUUUAUUCGCAUAACUCGCCUUUUAUAAUUUGAUGCGUAUUAUUAUGUAUGUAAAUGAAUUUGAUUGUUUCUUGUUUUGUUAUUAACAAUCAUUCUGAUGAUCGAGUUUUACGCGCACAGGAGGAUAAAUUUCAAGUAAUUUGGGUUCAAAAUGUCCCAUUGGUAUUGGCUCAACGGAAUGAAAGGUAUGAAACAGAAUAUAGAUACUCAAUGAAAUGUUAUGAUGUAUCGAUGUGCAGAGUAUGAAAGGAGUAAUAUUGUAGAUUCACGUCACGCACUCGAUAUUCAAUAAACAUUCUGAUUUUAUAGAUAAUUCUUGUGUAACGUACACGAUGCAAUAGUAGUGUAUAUUGAUAUCGAUUUUCUUUCUAUUUAUUUAUGCAAAUAUUAAUUUUUCGAGUACUUCAUGAACUACUUAAUGUUUUUACGUUUUAAUCUUUUUUUUAAAAUAUAUAACAUUACCAAAGAGAUUAACUUUAUUUCUAUUUUGCUUAAAAUACUUACAUAUACUACUUUUUAAAGAUAUUUGUCCUAAUAAUAGAAUAAUUUAAAGUUGAUUAUAAUUACUUUUUAGGUGGUUUUUAGGUGAAUAAUAUUGUUAUAAAUUACCAAGAAGCACCAACACGAGAGAUGGUAUCGCUUUAUAUUUUACUUGAAAGUAUGAUUACUGUUUCUAUUAAUAUAUUAAACGUUGCGCAGGUUAUUAUUUAUUUCAUGUACCAUUACAUCCAACUCAGAAAGCGUGCAAAACCAUACCAAAGACAAGUUGUUAGUGCAUCGAUCGAUAGAUGUGUGAUUAUAGGGCUCAGAAAUAAAGACACGAAUUAAUUUCAUUUUCAUUUCAAAGAAAUCAGUCUCCUAAUUCAAGAAUUACACGAUAUAUAGCAUGUAUGUCUGUAUUUGUUUGAGAGUUUAUCUUCAAUAAAGUAGAUCCUUAAUACUCAAUGUAAUAAUAGGUUUUAAGAACAUUUAAUUUACAAUUUUUCACUUUUCUCUGUAAUUUUACUAAAUUAACUAUUAUAUGUAAGAUUGAGUAAAUUUCGCCAAGAUCCACAACUCCAAAUAAACUACAAAAUGUAUCUUAAAUAGCAAGACCGCGCUGAUUGAAAAAAUUACAAAGUCAUUUUAGAAUAUUUCAAUAACACAAUUUUUUAAAAUAAGGAAACGUCGCUACAAAACAAGAAACGUCGUUCCUUUCCGAAAUGUUUCUUUUCUAUUUCGUGAUCUUUCUUCCUGUGCGAUUCAAAUUACUUUAUUGUCGAGGCGACUUGUUCGAAGCGGAGUGCCUGAUAUCACUUCGCGAGGAGCACUUCCAAGAGGAUUACGUGCUCGUCACUGACUUUGUGGAUAAAAUGCAAAUUCCUGCUAAACGGAUCUUUCAAGGAAGUUAGGAGAACACACGUGCUCCGUGUAAUGCAUAAAUGGAAUGGAACGCAACGUGAUUUGCCGUAACAGCUGGAAACGGCAUUCCGUGAUGAGGAAUAUGCGAUGGAAAGGUUCAUGAUGCUGUUGAAAUUGGGGAGAACUCGGAUAUGAUGAAUCACGAGAUUUUAAAUUUUGAGAUAGAUAAUAUGGCGGUAUUAGUUUCGAGAAAAUGUGCAUCGUAUUUCGGUUAAUUUCCGAAAAUCUGGAUCCUGAAAUUACUAGAUCCAUACAAUCGUCUUUCAUACUAUGGUUUGAAGAAUCGUAACACAACUAUUAAUUCCUAUGAUAAUAUAUCGACAAAAUGACUGUAUAAGGAAAGCUUCGCAUUAUUUUAUUUCUAUAAAUAUAUUAUUAUAUACUAAAAUUCAUAAAAUCACCAACCACGAAAUUACACUAGAAAAAAUUCUAAAAACUUGUGUAUAUAUGCAGAAAUUUGUUACAGUUUAAAUGUUUGAUUAUAUAAGGAAAUUUCCAUAAUUCUUUUUAGACAAAUUCGAAAGAUUCGUAAAAUAAUUUAUCUGAAAUUGUAGCUUGUUAUUUCGAGAACGUGACGUGACGUUCACUCUGUUUUCGUAUAAAUCUCGCGCCAUACAUUGAUAACAUAGAACGAUUAAAAACUGGAAGCGAGGGGCGAAAAAGUUUGACAGCAGUCGAGCAAGUUUUAAUAUUUAUGGAAGGAGUUAGGGAUGUAGCUCGUUUCGACGGAAACUUUUGAACGUUCCAGGGUGGUAGGAUAUAUUUAUUGUUUCGAUUGUUCGAUCGGUUCGAUCGAUCGCUCCACGAUUAAACGUUGCGGAAUAAAAACAGCAUGAAUUCCAAAGGCAGAGAAGGUUUCUGUAUUUGUACUAUUCGCAGGAAACGUCAUACAUGUCAAAAUUGAAAAAAAGAAUACAAUUUGUUGUAAAAUCUUGCAUGUAAACUACAGUGUGGGUUUAAUAUUUGUGAUUGUUAUUUAAAACGAUAAUUGUCAUCAACUGUCAUCAAUAACUAUUUUUUAUGUCGUAUUAUGAAUAAUGCACGCAAAAUACGGAGUAACUGCUCAUUUUCAACAGAUCGAUAAAUGGAUCUAACCGACCAGAUCUCAUUGAAAUUUGUUUGAGUGACACGUACCCAUUAGAAGGACUUGCUUCUUGCGAAAUUUACCGAGUAUUUUGUAUGAAAAGUGACGAAAAAUGAACUUUACGAUGGAAUGUGUGAGAAGACGAAAGAGAGGAAUAAGAGAGAAAUGGGUGUAAGAGUGUAACGAAAAUCGACGAGUUUUUAUUGUAAGUAUCUCUUGUUCGUAAGCACCUUGUAAAUAUCGCUGUACCAUAAAUAACCGUGUACCCUACGAGUUCGACUCCUCCCCGAUAUCGAAUCGAAAAAGAAAUCAAAGCGAGACAAGAGGGUUAGUAUCGAAAGAAUGUCGUUGUUCAAGACUAUAUUAGGAGAAAAGACAGAGAAAAGAUGUAUGAAAAGAUGUGUGAAUUUUCGCUCGAAAGACUGAACAACCAACGUUAGCAGUGGGAGAAAAGAAAAGACGAAAGUUUAUCGAAUCGAGUAAUGAAAUUGUAUUUACGAAACAUUAUCGAAUGAUUAUUAAUUAUAUACAGAUGAACGAUGAGAGCUGAAAAAGAGGGGUGUUUACAGGGAUUUUAAAUGUAGAGUUUCUAUCUAAUAUGGUGUAUCGACAAUCGACAUCGCGGGGGAAGUACGAAACAGUGUAUCGUUCUGUUAACGUUUUGGGGCGAAUUUGGAAUCUCGAACGUACGACUAAUGUUUCCAAUUUGUGUAACUAACCCUUAAAUGAUUUACAAUUAUAAUAAAUGAAUUACGAAAGGA